UCCGCCCACCAGCCUGACUGCGCUCACCCGCCAUCUUGGGACGGGUGGGGGGUGGAGCUAGAGGCGUGGUAACGCCAAGAUCACGCCCCACCCCGUUCCUCCCACUCCUUAGAGAAGAUGGGGCUGAGGCGGAGCUGGAGGGCGGGGCGACGCUGAGGCUCCGCCCCUUGGUGCUCCGCCCACCCGCCUGUGAGCUGAGAGCCGGCCGCCCCGCCCUCGCGGAGAAGGUGGCUGCCGAAGUGGGCGGGGAGGUCAGGUGACCCAGCUGGCGUCCCAAGAUGGCGGCGGCGGUGGCGCCCGGGAGGCCGAGGCGGUGUCCGGGCUGUUGAGGUGACUCCGCGGGACAAGUGACGGGUCGGCCGAACCGAAGGGCGGCGGCGGACGCACGGCCGCCCCGAGUGCUCGGCCUGGACUUGGCGGUGAGGCAGCGGCGCCGGGGGAUGCUGGUGCUGGGCCGGGCCUCUCCCUCCUCAACUUAGGGCGGCGGCGGGCCCGCACCCCUGGUUCCCGGGCCAUGGCGCUGAGGGAGCUUAAAGUGUGCCUGCUUGGGGAUACGGGUGUGGGCAAAUCAAGCAUUGUGUGGCGGUUUGUGGAAGACAGUUUUGAUCCGAAUAUCAAUCCAACCAUAGGGGCAUCCUUUAUGACCAAGACUGUCCAGUACCAAAAUGAGCUACAUAAAUUCCUAAUCUGGGAUACAGCUGGACAAGAACGAUUUCGUGCGUUGGCACCGAUGUACUAUCGAGGGUCAGCAGCAGCCAUCAUCGUUUACGACAUCACAAAAGAAGAGACGUUCUCAACACUGAAGAACUGGGUGAGAGAGCUCCGCCAGCACGGCCCCCCUAGCAUUGUUGUUGCCAUCGCAGGGAACAAGUGUGAUCUUACUGAUGUCAGAGAAGUCAUGGAGAGAGAUGCUAAGGACUACGCAGAUUCCAUUCAUGCCAUCUUUGUAGAGACCAGCGCAAAAAAUGCAAUAAACAUAAAUGAACUCUUUAUAGAAAUUAGUCGAAGAAUUCCAUCCACUGACGCCAACCCGGCGUCUGGCGGCAAGGGCUUCAAACUCCGAAGACAGCCAUCGGAGCCAAAGCGAAGCUGCUGCUGACGGCCCUGGGCCUGACCUUGAUGAAGAAGCAGGUGGUCCUGGAUGCUGCAAGAGAGCCGUGCCUGCCACUGGCUGCCACCUCAUGCUCUUAUGCAAAAAGGACUCAGAGGACCAGCUGCUGGGUCUCUCGGAAGACCGCAGCAGGCAUCUCUGUCUGCAGACUUCUGUCAGUGGACUCCGGCAUGCACAGAUCAUGCCUGACUGAAAGGAGCACCUGCUGCAUGGAUGGUAGGAUUGACUGGCUGGUCCUCUUGUAAGCAGGAUUUCAUGUAUUAUUUGUAAAGGGAAAUGAGCACUUUCGUGGAUAUAAGGGAAAAGGCUGUAGAGAUGGUCAUCUCCUUAGUCCUCAUCUCUAGUGUCAGAGUCGUAUCACUAAGAUGUGGGAAGAGAUCACAAGUAGAAGGAUGGUGUUCCUGGGACAGCUUCCACCAUCUCUAAAGCACUUUCACGCACAGUAAAUUCAUGCUGCCAUCGCAGCAGCUGCCGGUUCACCUUGGGUUUGCUUCUGACCCUGUAUGUGUCAGAACCCACGCACAUUAGUUAUGGUCACCUUUCUACAUAAACUCUCGUGGUCCAGGCGAUGGGGUAGAGAAGCUACCUGGAGCCAGUUGAGUUGCAUGUGUCCAAACUGAUGAACAGUAAUUUUAAAAAGAGGAGGAGAGAACAAAGCAAGUGAGUCUUUUGGGGGGAUGGUUGUUUGUUUAUGGUUUUUUGCCCUGUUUGUUUUGGUGGGGAAAACAACUGUGUGCUGCCUAGCAUAUGUAAAUUUGUAGUCUAUAUUUAUGAGACCAUUGCUUAAAAAUUAUAAAUUAUGUAAAUACAUUAAUAACUUCUGAAUUCCUUUCAGUACUCAUUUAGUCCCAUGCUUAUCUCCUGUGUGCCCACCCAUUUUCCAGCCUGUCCACAGGAAACUCUGAAGCCCAUUCACCUUGUGCAGAAGCAUGGAGCACUUAGCUCGAAGCUUCCUUCCUCCUCCCCCACCCUUCUGCAUCCCAUCUGGAAAUGGUAAUAAAGACACAUGCCUCCUUGACAAGCCUGACUAGUCCUUCCUGCCGGGGGCAAGAGUGAGCCCAGGACCCGUAAUUCACCUAGGGCGAGAGUGAGCUUCUCUCAGCUCCUCCAGAGAGCUCGGACCAACUGUUUUAAGAGUGCUUUGCUUAUUAACAGCCGGCUCACCUCUCCCUCCUUUAUCUUCUCUUGUUCUGUUAGUGCUUCACACUCUUUUCCCUCAGGAGCCUAAUGAGGUUUUUAAUAUAAUCUAAAAAUAAAGCACCCAAGUGAAGCUGCUGGAAAUUUGUUCCUGGCCUAAUUUGGCGCCCUUCCAGCCCGGGUAUUGUAAGGGAAGGAAAUUUACAAGAUUAAAUAGGAAAUGAAGCAGCUUGGAUUUCAAACCAAAUUGUGUUUUCAGAGCUGUCCUUAACUGAACAGUCAAAACUUUUCAAAACAAUUGUUGCUACUUUAUGCCCCUCCGCCACAUGCUUAAGAUGGAGAGGGUUUAAUGGAAUGGCAACCCAGGUGACACCAGACCUGAACGAGGGCUUGUAAACAUCUCAAGUUGCUUAUCCUUCCUGAAGUCAGACUUUGAGCACCUCUGUAUAAACAAAAACAGCAUUGCUUGGCUCAUGUGGACAAGGCUACCCAUGUGAGACCCUUUCUGUCUCAUUUCACCAAAAGAUGGUAUAGAUUCUUGACCUGGAGAGUUGAGUAAAUUCUGUGUCAUGGCACAUGAGUGUGCAGGAAAACACCUAUACCCCUACUGUUCCGUGACAGCCCCAGGCCUCUCUAGAUGCCUUCCCUCCUGGGGCACAUGGGGGGAAUGACUGAGCACAGGAUUAGAAGCAUAGACUCUGUUCAUGUCUUCCUCCCCAUCUGUCACAGUCUGACCUAGACACAGGGCUGUCUUGCUUAUGGCAUUGUGUGCUCAGUGACAGCAGGUCUCCUUCAGACCCACCCUUCCUGUGCGCGCAGUGAGCACAGGGACAUCUCCACUAACUUUCUUUCUUUUGACCACAUUUUAGAUUAAGCAGGAAUCUAAUACACAUUCUUUGUUUUCCUGGCUGUUUCUUAAGAGAAAUAGCCAGACUCCAAAGGCAUUAAGACACACAGACCCUCCAUAAAAUUCUUUGGUUCCCUUGUGACGCAGGGCCAUUUUUAAAAACUUUGAAGAAUGAACAGAAGGGAAGAUGUUUAAUUAACUGCCGGUACGUAUUGAUCUCUUUCUGAGGAACUGGAAUAAGCUCCUUGCAGGUGUCCGAUCCUAGGAACCACUGUCUCUCCAUGGCUCCUUCUACAUAAGUGUUUUUCUGAUUCUGUGAUAACUAAUUAACUAUCAUUUGGUGAUUAAAGGAGCAUAGCAUGAGAGCUUGAUUAAGUGUCCUUCAGUGUAAACUCUGAGAAGUGAUUGGGGAGAAAUACCUGCUGCAAGCCCUUCUGUCUCCCAGUGAUACGCUAUCGCCCGCUUGUCAGCUGCCUCCAAGACAAGUGCUGGACAUGGCAGCUGAGAGAUUUAUUCCUCUGAAAAUAACCCCGGUCCUUGUUCCCCAUCUAUGAUAGUGCUUGAAGUGUUCACCUCCUCUCAUUGUGCUCCUCUCCCUUCCAUGCCUACCCAGGUCAGAGGCUUGAGAUUGUCUUAUGAGAGGCUUGGCUACUUGAAGAGGCCAGUGUCCUUGUGGAGAGAUGAGCUGCCCUGUGGAGUUUUUAAUAGAUGGGGGUGGGGGGGCAGCCCACAUUUAAUUUUAGGACUUCUCUGUAAGUCUUAACAUGUAUUCCUUGUCUCCAGGAGGCAAAUAGGUUAGGGGGAUUUCCAGAGCUCUAAGAGAUGCAGUACUGAAGGUGGUUUGUAGUAGGUGGCCGUCUCCUGGCACCGUGGGCUUCCAGACCAGAGGGCCUGCUGCUCUAUUGAAAGGGCAGUGUGUUUGAAUGGGCGGGUUUGCUUUGGGAUUCAUUGCAUGCCAGCACAUCAGCCUCCACAUCCCAGAAGGCAACGGUUCAUUGCUUUAUGUCUCUUUCUGCUGCAAAAGACAUUGAUGAGGUGCAGCUCAGCACUUCUUUACACACAUUCUUUCAGGACCCAGAGACUGUGACACAUGGGUCUUCAGAUACCCAAGUGUUGGCGAAACCCUGCAGGAGUCACAAAAGAAUCCUUACCUGGGGACCCCUAAGUUAACCUACAAUCCUGCUUCAGAACAUGGCUGCCAACCAGGUUGGCUUUUAUCAUUAAACUUAGCAGGCUGUCACCCUGACCGGUGAGCACAGAAAGACCAUGGGAGCUGGCUCCUGGAAUCCCCUAGAAGUCCUCAUUAAACUUGGUCUGGAGGAACAGACAACAUAGUCUUUGUUAUUGGACUUGAUUUCAAGAUACGUCCCACCUCAUCAUAGCUCAUACAAGAUGCAAGCUGUCAAUACUGUAUAAGAUGAUACUGAAGAUAGCUAUGAAUAUGUUUUUGCUUUGGGAGUUGGUGGGAGUUGGCACUUGCUAUGAAGGCUGAUGACACAAAUUGAAUCCCCAGUCCUAUAUAAUGGAAGAAGAAUUCCACAGGUUGUCUUCUGAUACACACACACCGCAUCAGUAAAUGUCAUAAUUAGAAAAAAAUAUUCUGAGCAUCAUAUUAUGUAGAGGAUAAACAGAGCACUGUGCAGCUUUAGAAAAGGAGGGUCAGAUAGAAUUUAGCCUGAGGCUCAGAGGGAUGACCUCAGUGAAUUUCCCAUGGCAGCAGAAAGGCUUGUCUCGACUUCCAGUAAUAGAAAACUAGGCAAUUUGAUUAUCUGAUUUUCGAGAAAUGUUAAUGGAAUUCCAGGGCAUUUGUCCUGUUUUAUGUGCAAAUGAAAGUCUGAAAAAUAUUAGAAGGCUACUACACUUCUCAGGAGCCUCCCUUCUGUAUCUCGGAAGGUGAUGAGCGAGGGGCCGCUGUGAUGAAGUUCAUUAAUGUGCUGCGAAGGGCGGCUGAAUGGAGCUUGGAAUCGCUGUGUUUCUCAGCUCGUCCUUCAGGGUGCUCUUAGCAAGGAGGAGAGUGAUUUACUCUCUGGAGCUAGGACUUCCACCAGCAUGCAUCACAUUUAAUUUGAUGGUCUGUACUAUCAGAAAUAACUAAUAUCUGUGUUCUUUCCUCUCAGAGAGCAAUCAAUUAUAGAUGUGCUAGAAUAUUUUGGCUUCAAAACAAAAGGAUUCAGAAGUUUAAUAAUUAAAAAAAAGUCUCAGGCCUUCCAUCGGUGCCUUUUUAUUAUGUUGAACAUUUUAGAUAGCAAGAUUAGAAUAUAUAAAUAGUAGAUGGUGAGAUUAAAAUCAUAAUGUCUAACAAACUUAAGAAAAAAUGUUUUAAUUUGCUGUGAGUUCAUUUUAUGGUGCCCAGUGCCUCAUCAAAAUGCUACAUAAUUACAACAAGCAAAAGCCCGGGUAGCUCUCCACAGACAGGCCUUAAGUGCCAAACUCUAUCUGCCAAUUAAUGGGGAAUCCUAAGACAGCAAUGAUUUUUUUAAAGAGCCGUCUUUAAUUGACAGUUUUCAACUACGGGUCUUAAUGUCCUCCUUAAUCGCACAGUAGAAGCAGCCUGCUGGCUUCCACGUGCCACUUCUUGAUUCAGGAACUUUCCAGUGUUUCAAAGCAGCUUGUUUACUGCAGUCCAUUGGAGGAGUCCUCUUUAAAAUAGCAUGCUGCACACGGGGCCCGUGGUCUUCACUCAGAACUACCAUUGUCAAGGAAGCCCCAAGCAUCGAAAGGCAAGCUGUGCGCUUCCGCCACCGCUCCAUGAGGUAGGGCUUGAGUCAGCCGCUCAGUGCCUGCAGUCUGUCCCGUGCUCCUCUCCUCACUCCAGGCCAUUGCCAGGCCUGCCCACAACACUGUUUGCCUUAAGGACUCAUCCUAACAUUGUUUGGCCAUCAUUAACACUUGGUAUUUGUACUUAAAUAAUCCCUCUUUCCCCUCAGAAAAGCUUGGAAGCAAGGCUAGAACUUCGUUCCCUCCCAUCCCUGUUUGAAGUUUACUGCACAGUGCAUGAAACUUUCUCAACUUGGGUCAUGCCCAUGAUAGUCAGACGGACCAGUUAGCUUGGGGGAGGAUGAUUGGCAGCCAGGUAGUCAGAGCAGCUGAUCGAAGCUCUAUAUUUAAACCAUUUGUUAGACUGUUGUAGACAGAGUUUUAUUGCCCUGGGAAGGAUCUUUUUUUUUUAACUCGCUCCACUCAGUCUUUCCAUCAUUUUACAUCGUGAGUCACUCACACCAUCAUCAAUCACCACCCUGACCUUCAGAAAUUACGGCUUGCCUUCCACAAGGAUUGGCGCAGAAUUCUCCCUUAGGCUCCCUGCGCAUGUGGUGUGCCCUUCUCUGUGGGGGGAAAGAGCCCCCCAGGACUUAUAGAAGGGCAUUGGGCAGCAUGAGCCCGAGAGGCAGACACAGUUACAGUGACAGAAUGUGAUCUGUCACUGGUGAUAGGGCGAUGGGCUGAAGGAUCCGAACUCCACAGAGUUUAUGAGAGAGCACUUGUCUGGGAGUUUGAAAGUCCAAAUCGGACAUUUAGAGAGAAAAGACAAUCUAAGCCCUUGUACCAGCAAUCCUUUUUUUCUCCUAAGAGUGCCAUCCCUUGUCAAGACCAAUGCCAGGAGUAAGCGACCUGUGCCUUUUACAAUAGCAUCUAUUUGAAAAUGCAGUUGCCCCUGGUUUCCCAAGCCUGGUAGCACUCUAAAUAGCCUGAACCUAAAGCCGUGGUGGCUUCACACCAAAUGACAUACUGCCUGCUUACCUGGGUCGUAAUACUGGGAUGAGGAUUUGCCAAGCCUGUAUGGAUGUUCCAUGACUAUUUUUGCAGUCUGACCUUGGGCUGGACCUAAGUCUAUGUAAACUGUAUGAUGUCUGUUUGGUUUGUAAAUGCCGAUUAAAGAAAACUCAGCCGUUCGCUUUUGUGUACUUCUGUUUGCAGACAGUAGGUCUGGCACGCUUUGGAACAGUGCUUCUUCGGCUUGGCUUCAAUCGUAUGCUUUAUAGAGUGUGGCAUGCUCUGUCACUAAAAAAUUUGUGUAAAGAAUGGUGUAAAUAUUUUGUUAAUAAAAUGCUAUGUUUACAGAGG